CGCUAUGGCGACGGGCAAGGGUGUGGCGACGCCGCCUCUGUGGCCAGUAGAGGCCCGGCUGGCGGCGCUGCUUCCAGACCUGCUGGUCUUCAGAAAGCCCCGGGGAUCGGAAUACGAGCUUGCCACGGCCCAGGGCGUCCUCCUUGGCGUCCACGUGACGGGGUUUACAGCAUUAAUGGACAGGUUCAGCCUGAGCUGCAAGUCGGAACAUGACAUGGACACACUGGCCCACAUCUUCAGUUAUUACAUUAGUGACAUCGUGGAGCAUGUGCUCUGUUUUGGAGGGGAUAUCCUAAAUAUCACAGGGAAUGUGCUCCUGGCACUCUGGACAGUGGAACAGGAUCAACUGAGUGACAUCAUUACCCUGGUGGCAAAAUGCAGUCUGGAGAUACAGGAGAAAUUUGGGAUCUACCAUACCAGAGAAGGCCAGGACCUGCAGCUAAAGAUAGGUCUGUCUGCAGGUCGGAUUUCCCAGAUUAUUGUUGGAGAUGAGCAGCGGCAGUACCUCUUGGUGAUUGGGCGUGAUGUAGAUGGUGUCCAGUUAGCCCAGCGGUUGGCUCAGGCAAAUGAGAUUGUCUUGUCCUGGAACUGCUGGAAGCUCUGUGAGCAGUACAUGUUUGAAGUGGAAAUCAUGAGGGAGGAUGAAGCUGUAAAGUUAAGAGAUAUGCGGAUCAUUGACCCAUUUGAUUUUGAUGAGCAUUUUUACAAGUGCCUCGAUUACCUGCCACAUUACCGGACAAGUGCUGACAUUCUAAGAACUGCCCUGGAGUUGGAUCCAGACUCUGCACUUGAGCAAACCCUGCGGAAGCACAUAAUGAAAAACCUUUUGAAGAAGAUUGAUGAAGGCCAACCUAUGGAGUAUAUAUCCGAAUUCCGUACUGUGACUAUGGUUUUGGUCAGCCUAGAAUUCCACAAGACAGCAUGGAUGUUGCAUUUGUGUCAUCUUAUCCAGGAGGCUGCCUUAUACAUCUCCACAGUGAUAGAGAAGGGGGGUGGCCAGCUGAGCCGGAUCUUUAUGUCUGAGACAGGCUUCAUGUUCUUCUGUGUUUUCGGCCUUCCUGGGGAUAAGAAGCCAGAUGAGUGCGCACAUGCCCUGGAGAGCUCCUUCAGCAUAUUCGGCUUCUGCUGGGAGAAUCUUGCUGAGACCAAGCUUGUUUCCAUCAGUAUCACCAGUGGACCAGUAUUCUGUGGCAUGGUUGGGGCAGUAGCAAGACACGAAUAUACAGUUAUUGGCCCAAAAGUAAGCCUUGUGGCAAGAAUGAUAACUGCUUAUCCAGGUUUGGUGUCCUGUGAUGAGGUAACAUAUCUAAGAUCUAUGCUACCUGCUUACAACUUUAAGAAACUCCCAGAGAAAAUGAUGAAAAACAUCUCCAACCCAGGGAAGAUGUAUGAAUACCUUGGCCAUAGAAGAUGUAUAAUGUUUGGGAAGAGACAUCUGGCCAGAGAGAGAAAUAAAAAUCACUCUUUGCUAGACCGGGAGAAAGAACUGGAAGCCUUCCGAAUGGCACAGCAGGGAAGUUUGCAACAAAAGAAGGGCCAGGCAGUUCUGUAUGAAGGUGGAAAAGGCUGUGGAAAAAGUCAGCUGUUGGCUGAAAUAAACUUCCUGGCCCAGAAAGAAGGGCACAGGGUGUUGCCAUUGAAGCUGAAGGAAGCAGAUUCCAAGCAGUGCUUCUAUGCCAUCCAGACCCUCAUGGCCAUCUUCUUUGAGAUUGAUAUGUGCCCAGCCUAUUACCGGCAAGAGUGCCUCCACAAACAGCUCCAUGGGAUGGUGGAGGAAUCGCUUCACUGCCUGUUUAAUGACCUCUUCUUUGUGAAGUUUCCCUUAUCCUUCAAAGUUUCGCACAUGGAUGACCUGACCAGACAAAAGAAGGUUAAAGCAUGUUUUUUUCAAGUGCUGCAGAAGGCAAUGAGGGAAACACCACUGGUUUUCCUCAUUGAUGAGGCCCAGUAUAUGGAUGCAGACUCCUGGGAGUUUUUGGGAACUUUGCUCUCCAGUGUGCCCAUCAUCAUGGUGAUGACAUUGACCCCUACGUUCACCCUUUGUGGCUGGGCCCAGCACUUCCUGCAGAGCCCUCAGGCUAUCUUUGUGCCCAUUUCGAAGUUGGCAGCGACCUCACUGUUGAGAAUGGCAUGUUGGGAACUGGGGGUGGUGAGCAUCCCCCAGGAGCUGCAGAUCUACCUUCUCCGCAGGUGCUUUGGAAACCCCCUUUACUGUGAGGUCUUAUGCCAGGACCUUCUCUCUAAGAACAUAUUGCUCUUUCAUGACCUCCAAAAGGAGGAGGAGGAGAACAGCAAGUGGGAGACCCUGUCAGCCAAUGCCAUGAAAUCCACAAUGUAUAGUAUUUCUCCUGCCAGCUCUGAAGACCAGGAACUUUAUGUCUGCACAGUCAAAGAUGACGUGAACUUGGAUACAGUGCUUCUUCCACCGUUAUUAAAAGAAAUAGCAGUGAACCAACUGGAUCAACUGAGCCCAGAGGAACAGUUGCUGGUUAAGUGUGCUGCAGUCAUUGGUCACUCCUUCCACAUAGAUCUGCUGCAGCACCUCCUGCCUGGCUGGGGUAAAAAUAAGCUACUUCAGGUACUGAGGGCUCUUGUGGAUAUACAUGUGCUCCGCUGGUGCAACAAGAGCCAAGAGCUUCCUGCUGAGCCAAUAUUAAUGCCUUCCUCUAUCGAGAUUAUUGAACAAACCAAAGAGGAGAGAAAAUCAGAUGCUGGCUCUCCUCUCAGGCUACAAGAGAAACUAUCCCUACCUCAAACCGAGGUGCUAGAAUUUGGAGUGCCUCUAUUGCAGGAAGCGGCUUGGGAGCUGUGGCCCAAGGCACAACAGACAGCCCUACACCUUGAAUGUGCCUGGUUUCUUCGAGAUUUGGCCUGCCGCUGUGGGAGCUGUCAUGGGGGGGACUUUGUCCCCUUCCACCGUUUUGCCAUCUGUUCUACUAAGAGCUCCAGUGGGACCUCCCGAUUCUGUAGCUACAAAGAUACUGGCUCGAUACUGACACAAGUGAUCCCAGACAAAUUGCAGCUGCCUUCUCCCCAAGACAGUUCUCAGUUCCAGACAGAAUCACCCAGAAGUCAGGAGGCCUUCACAAGGGAACACUGCAGAACAGAGGAAGAGUUCCUGGAUCAAGUGAACAGGAAACUGGCUCAGACCAGCCCUGAGAAAGACAUGUUAACCACGAAGCCCUGCCACUGUAAGGAAGUCCUGAAGUUAGUGCUGUCACCUCUCACCCAGCACUGCCUGGUCAUUGGAGAAACCACUUGUGCGUUUUAUUACCUGCUGGAGGCUGCCGCUGCCUCCUUGGACCUGUCAGAUAAUUACAUGGCCUUCCUUUAUUUGAGGAAGGCAAGCAGCCUUCUGGGCCAACCCUCAGCAUUCUCGUUUUAUAAAAAGCACAAGGUGAAGAUCUGUCAGUUUGAGGAGGCCACUUUCUGCUGUCUUCGGUCAGAGGUCUGUUUCAACAUGGGACAGAUCACCUUGGCCAAAAAAUUGGCUAGGCAAGCCCUUCGUCUGCUGAAAAGGAAUUUCCCUUGGACCUGGUUUGGUGCCAUUUUCCAAACAUUCCUAGAGAAAUGCUGGCGUUCCUGUUCCCUGAGCCAACCCCCAGACAAUCCUAGUGAGAAUAAGAAGAAGCUGGCAGUCCUGCAGCAGCAGGUGCAAUGCCUCUCCCUGCUCUGGCAGCUCUACAACCUGGAGGCCACAGCCAGCAGCCGCAGGUUUGCCUGCCUGGCCACUCUUAUGCAGGAGAAUUCAGCCAAGGAGUCUGCCAGUGAAGCCCAGGUUGUCUCUACCUACGUGGCCCUCUCCCAGUUCUCCCAGAACAUGGGUGACAAGGAGAAGUGGCUGCAUUGUGAGCAGAUGGCCAUUCAGAAAAACAGCCUAUGUUGGUUCUCCAGGGAGGGAUUGUUGGCCACAGCCCAGCUCAUGCAGGCCUUGGCCUACACCAAGCUCUGCCUCGGCCAUCUUGACUUCUCCAUCAGACUGGGUUUUCAAGCUCGUGAGAUAUGCAGACACCUCAAGAAACCAGCUCUGGAGAAUUUGGUUCUCUCAGUUCUCUUCAGAUCUGCAUUUCUGAAGAAAAAAUUUGAUCUGUGUGUCCAUGUGCUGGAGAGUCAGUGGGCGCUCAUUUCCCAGAGUCAUGAUGUCCUUGGCCUGGCCUGCUUCUAUUCUGCUUGCUUAGAUCUGCUGCUCUAUGGAAAAGGAUGGCUGUGUCGGCCCUUUGGGGAAUGUCUGCAUUUCAUUCAACAUUAUGAGCACAGCUGCAUUCUAAAUUCUCAGAGCAAUGUCAUGCUGGGGGUCCACUCCUCUCUGGCCAUGUGGUUUGCCCAGGACUCACAGUGGAAGCUAUUUGAGCACCGCUUCUCCAAGGCUCACCAGUUGGUGAAAAGAACCAAUGCCUCACUGUUUGGUUCACAUGGCUUUGUCCGAUUUCUAGAGUGCCAUGUGCUAAUGUUACAGAAGAUGCCAGAGGGUGUCUUCGCACAUACUGCCUCAGAGACUCCCCGCCAAACCCUCAAGUACUUUAAGGAGUUCUUCUCUCGAUGUGUGACCUGCCCUGUCUAUCACCAGUGGGUCUCUGAGCUUAAAGCCUCUGUAAUGAGAUAUGGAAAGAGAGAGUCCAUGUCCUUGACUAACGUCAUCAGACCUUUUGACACCUGCUUGACCAGGAUUUGGAUAGAGGGAGAAUUCCUGGAGGAAAAUAACUCCUUUGAAGGAAAUUUGCAGAGUAAGCAUUCCUUCCUGGAACACUUGUCUGAGAGACAUAAAGAACAGUCUCAGAUUCUUACUCACAAGCAGUCAAAGACUGUACCUCCAAAGAAGGGACAUGCAGAUAAUUAGGGUUAGUCCUUGCUCCAGAGGUAAUUGUCCUUCUCUCCCUAGACAGAGACCCCUUAUAUUGUUCAACAGUAUAAGAGCCUCUCUUGGCCCUUUGUUUCAGCAUCUAUAACCCUUAGGCAUAGGAAGUUCCUCCUUGGUCCCAGCUUAAACAAAUAGAUUGUUCCCUUGGAGCAGCUGGAUGGUCACUAAGGGAGAAAGAAGGCCUUAGAAACCACAAUGUAAUGUCUGUGAAGGUAAAUGAUAAGAUAUGGGCAAGUAAAAGAGAGGAAAGAAUAUAGUUUCUUGCUCUAGGGCCCAGCAAAUCUCCUCCUCCAGGCCAUGAGUUAAAUUUGUAAUUGCUGAGGAAAUUCUUUGUGUUUGUAUUACU